AUGCAGUUCAUCACCGUUCUCAUUGCCACUCUGGCUGCUGUCGCCUCUGCCUCCCAGACCGCCGAGAAGCGUACCUGCAUCGCUAAUUACGAUGUUGCUUGCCAAUCUGGCGGCACCCCUUGCUGCGAUGGCUGGCAGUGUGUUGGCUCUACUCAGUGGAAUGACGGUGUUUGCAUCCCUAACUACUAA